GUCUGACCGACCCACUUCCUCCUCCCCGUGCUGCGGGCAAGCCCUCCCUUCCCCGGAAACCCAGGCUCGCCCCCCGCCAUGGAGCGCUCCGAGGCCUAUGGCUUCUCCGCCGCCAUCAGCGGCGCCUUCCUGCUCUCCUGCCUGCUCUUCUCGGCGCUGAACCGCGAGCAGCGCGCGCCCUACAUGGACGAGGCCUUCCACGUCCCGCAGGCGCAGGCCUACUGCGAGGGCCUCUUCCAGCAGUGGGACCCCAUGAUCACUACACUGCCUGGCUUAUACUUGAUGUCUGUUGGGAUAGUGAAACCUGCAGUUUGGCUCUUUGGAUGGUCUGGAAGUGUAGUGUGCUCUACAGGAAUGCUCCGAUUUAUUAACCUCCUUUUCAGUGUUGGGAACUUCUACUUACUGUAUUUGCUUUUGUGCAAGAUACAUCAUAAAAACAAGACUGUGUCUGGUUUCCAGAGAAUCUUAUCUACAUUAACCCUUGCAAUGUUUCCUACCCUCUAUUUUUUUACAUUCCUUUAUUAUACAGACACAGGAUCAGUGUUUUUUACUCUGUUUGCAUAUUUAAUGUGCCUUUAUGGUAACCAUAAAACUUCAGCCCUACUUGGGUUUUGUGGCUUUAUGUUUCGUCAAACAAAUAUUAUAUGGACUGUUUUCUGUGGGGGAAGUGUUGUUGCACAAAAGCUAAGUGAAGCCUGGAAGACAGAAUUACAGAAGAAAAAAGAAGAAAGGAUUUCAGCUAUGAAGGGCUCAUUUUCAGAAUUAAUCAAAGUAUUACAAUUUCUUUCUGAGUACAUCAUGUCAUUUACAAAUCUAGUAACUCUUAUUGUUUUGACCUGGCCAUACAUACUCUUAGUAAUUGUGUUCUUUGCUUUUGUGGUAAUCAAUGGUGGAAUAGUUGUUGGUGACAGGAGUAGUCAUGAAGCCUGUUUCCACAUCCCUCAGCUGUUCUAUUUUUUUUCUUUUACUCUCUUUUUUUCCUUUCCUCAUCUAAUGACACCUAAUAAAAUUGGAAAUUUCCUUCGAUCAGUACGGAAGCACUUGAUUCAGUAUAGCAUACUCAUUGCUAUCUCUUUAUUCCUGGUCUGGAAAUUUACAUACGUUCAUAAAUACUUGAUUGGAGAUAACAGACAUUACACAUUUUAUGUGUGGAGAAAAGUCUUCCAAAGACAUGACCUUGUGAAAUACGUAUUUGUUCCAGCCUAUAUAUUUGCAGGCUGGAGUUUGGCCGACUCUCUGAAAUCAAAAUCUAUUUUCUGGAAUUUAAUAUAUUUUGUAUGUGUGUUUGCUGUCACAGUUCCUCAAAAGCUACUGGAAUUUCGUUACUUCAUUUUGCCAUUUUUAAUAUAUAGGCUCAAUAUUCCAGUUCCACCUCUUUCCAGGCUUCUUCUUGAGCUGACUUUAUAUAUUGUUGUGAAUGCAAUAACCUUUCAUCUAUUUCUGAACAAAACAUUUCAGUGGCCAAAUAGUCAAGAAAUCCAGAGGUUUAUGUGGUGAUUUUGUACUCCUAAGAAGAUUCAAUUCUGUGCCUUUUCUGCAAUGAAUAAGUGACUACAGGCCCUAAAAUUAAGUGAAGUGUAUUGCUAUGUGUAACUUUUCUGUGGAUGGUGUAGGGCAGGGAUCGGCAGCCUUUGGCACGUGGCCUGUCAGGGAAAUCCACUGGUGGACCCGGACAAUUUGUUUACUGGCAGCGUCCACAGUUUCGUCCGAUCGCAAGUCCCACUGGCCAGGGUUCACUGUUCCAGGCUAAUGGGGGCUGUGGCAUGGGCCAAGGGAUGUGCUGGCUGCGUGCCAAAGGUUAUUGAUCCCUGCUGUAGGGACUGAAGUGAGUUGGAUGUUUAUAUUCUAGGAAAUUAAUAUGAGAUCUGAUUUACUCUUUCUACAUGAUAGGGUAUUACACCAAAUUUAUAAGGCUUUAGGGUCCUGGAUUUAAUAAAUAUGGCAUCAGGGAAAAUUCAGAAGUGUUUCCAAACAUUCUACAGUUAAUGUGAAAUGAGGGAGAUGUUUACAGUCAUAAUUCAUAAUAAUAAUGUUGUUCUAUGGUAAAUACUUAUAAAACUGUGUUUCCUCUAGUGUGGGCUCUGAAAAAAAAAAUUAUCUGCUAUUAGACACCAAGGAAAAAAAUAACUGGUACUCGGAAAUGUUGGAGUAAAUGUUAAAUUCUUGGUUGGAGACCAGCACAAAUAAAACUUAAAAAAAAAAUUGCAAGUUAAUUGGUAAGCAUUCUGAUUUUAGGUUGUAGGUUUUUUCCAAAGUAUUUCAGCAGUUAAAUAUUUAUCUAACAGUUAUGACCGGGUUUCAUAAACAGUAAAAAUCUGCAGCAGAGGUCAUUUCCAUCCACAUCUGUUAGAGACCAGAGGUUAAAUCUAGGGGAGCUAGGAUUUCACCCCAGAUUCUUCAGGGGUAAAAUUUUCAAAGUUCCUACUUCCCAAUGACUUUCAGUGAGAUUUAGGCUGCUAAGUGCCUAAGUCACUCUUGAAAAUGUGACCUAGGCUCCUAGGUCACUUAGGUGUUAUGAACAUUUUAUCCCAGAUCAAUACACCUGUACCCCGAUAUAACGUGACCCAAUAUAACAUGAAUUCGGAUACAACGCGGUAAAGCAGUGCUCCAAGAGGGCGGGGCUGCGUGCUGCGGUGGAUCAAAGCAAGUUCGAUAUAACGCAGUUUCACCUAUAACACAGUAAGACGUUUUGGCUCCUGAGGACAGUGUUAUAUUGGGGUAGAGGUGUAUUUAUAAACUCAUAAUGCAAGAACCUUUUUGAGAAAUAAAUGUAAUUGUACAACAAAAGAUAAAUUGCAUUUGAUAACAUGACGUGUUCAACAGGGAGCAGUUUCUAAAACACAUCAUUACACUGUGGAGCUUAGUAUAAUGAACACUCUUUAAAAUAAUAGGCUUUCUAUGUCCUGAGGUUAUGUGCUUAACAAGUUUGCACUUAAGUGGGAUGUAAGUGUUCUCCCAAGUAGAACUGAUUGUUUCAAAGAUCUGACAUAUAAUCUUCAAAAAGUACCAAUGGCAUUAUUUAAUUGUACUUUUACAUGUUUUUCAUAUAUUUAGAAAGGUGUACUGUAUCUGGAAAUUUUUGUUUUUAAAAAAGCACCUUUGUGUAUUUUCAGAAUCAAAGACUGCUGUGUCUUUCCCCCUCAGUAAAUUACUUUAAUUAGACCUGCAAGUAUUCUUUGGACAUUUCUAAUAGCUUAUAAAGCAGCUUUAUGAAUAAAAUGCCCUAGAGUGAA